GCGGAGCUUGAAAUGGUGGUGACUGGUGGGAAAGCCAUGUUGGGGUGCGACCGACAGUAGUUGAGUUCGGGGGUAAAAUGGUCAUUUGAGGAAUCUUUCAGUUUCGUUUUAUGUGCAGAAAAAAAGGCUAAACUCCCACAUAUUUAUUUAUUUAUUUAUUCAUUAAUUUUGUAAAUAAUUAUAAUUUUGCUUCAAAGUCCAUUGUAGAGAGAGAAAGAGGAGAGAGAGACCGAGCGAGAGAAAGCAAAGCAAGGCGAGGCAUGUUUCAUCAAUCUUUCCCGGAAAAUCUGGAGGGAAAGUCGAUUCAGAUAGAGAGAAAGUAGUGAAACCUGUUAUCGAAUCUUGGCCUCAUAUUACUAGAUCUAGAUGCAGAUGGAAAGGGAGAAGCGGUAUCGGAAUGGGAAUGGGAAUGGGAACGGGAACGGGAACGGGAAUGGGUUUGGGAUUGGGAGUUACAGUAGUGAGUUUUAUUGCGAUAUCGAUCAACAUCACCUAAAUCAGCCGCCUGAGACCAAUGGUUAUCAUCAUCCGACGACGACGGCAAAUUCAACGCCUUCUCCUUCCUCUUCCUCCUCUUCUUCGUCUCAACCCCCUCUUGGCUACAUCGAACACCCAGUUUCCAAAUUGGACACUCUCGCUGGUGUUGCCAUCAAAUAUGGCGUUGAGGUUUCGGACAUAAAAAAGAUGAACGGACUCGUGACGGAUCUUCAAAUGUUUGCUCUCAAAUCUAUUCAGAUUCCACUACCUGGGAGGCACCCUCCAUCCCCUUGUUUAUCAAACGGUUCCAACACACCAGGACAGAGCAAUUCAGACCGAAGCCCACCAAAGCGGAUGCACCGUGAUUUGUUUGAUUCAUUCCAAUCCCUUAAACUUAUGUCUCCUCAGCUGCACGUCUCACCAGCCAUGAGCUCUUUGCAAGGUUACUAUGGGCUGAAAGAAAAAAAUAGAAACUCUAGCUCCGAUUCCAUUGAAAUGGCAGUCUAUAGAAAAGGAGUUUCAAAUUAUUUAGAGGAUGAACCGUUUCCAAGAGUGUCAGACCCAUCUUUGAGCCACCACCAUAGGAAGUCAAAAAGCCUGGUCAGUGGAUAUUUAGAUGAUAACGGUGAAACAGCUGAUGGUACAUCUGUUUCAGACACUAAAGAAGGUGAAUCUGAGAGAUGGAGUUGUGACAAGCUCAUUAGAAGGCGUCAGAAAUCCGAAGCUGACUUCUCCCGCACCCCUGAAAUGAUGUUGGAAGAUAACAGUGGCAGCGUCGGUGGAUUUUCAGCAACAAGAGGAAAGCAUUUAGCACUUAGACCCAAAGCAGCUGGUCGAACAAUGGCAACAGAUGAAACUGGUGGAGUAAAUCCUAUACCGGUCGGUCUGGGAGAUUCCCUCUUGACUGACGGGUUCACCGGAGUAAGGAAGUCAUCGAGUACACCAAGUUUGCAGGAUCCAGACAGUAAUGGGUCUGCAUCAGUCCGACCAUCUACGUCGAAAUGGAGCCUGAAAUCUGAUAUUCAAGGCUUUUCAACUGCGUCCAUUGCAAAACCAAUAUUUGAUGGGUUGCCUAAGCCAAUUACCGGUCGAAGAAGCAAAGCUGCACUUGAUUAAUUUUAUAAAUUUGUUUUACCAUUUUUUUUCAGGAUUUUUCAAGAACAAGAUGAGUAAAUAGAAAAAGAAGUGAAAGUGGGCACCCCCCAAAAAAUAGGGAUAUAUCAAAUAAAUCAUUCUCAAAUUAUUUGUGAUUGGAUUUUUCUUGUACUUACAAAGUAGAGAGAGAGAGAGGCCAAGCCAAGAAGAGGUGAAGUACAAAAGCAUUGUGCGUUUGAUCACAGUUUGUUGGCAGCAUCCAUUUCAAACUAAAUUUUUCCCACAAGAUUGGAUACACUUAAGAAUGUCAAUAGAUUUUCGUGUCAGAAAAAAUUAUGUAUGUAUUCUAUAAUUUAUUUUCUUACAUGUAGCUGAUCACUAUUCUCAAUUUUCGCAAUGAAUAUAAUUUAAAUUAUCUUGGUAUAA